UUUGCGCAUGCGUAUUGCUGCACGUAGAGAGUAAGCAGAGGGAAAGCCAGGUUAGAUAUUUGCUAAGACAGUUUAGCCAGUCUUUGGCGUAUUAAAUACAUAUUAACAUGUUUCGGAGGAAACUGACAGCUCUAGAUUAUCACAAUCCCAACGGAUUUGAUUGCACAGAUGAGACACAGUUCAGGAACUGCAUCGUGUGGCUUGAAGACCAGAAGAUUCGACAUUAUAAAAUAGAAGACAGAGGCAACCUCCGAAACAUCCCGAGCUCAGACUGGCCUAUAGCCUACCAGAAGUACCUGCAGGAUGUCAACUGUCCGUUCAGCGUCCAGGAGAGAAAAGAGGCUGUGGACUGGUUACUGGGACUGGCUGUGCGAUACGAGUACGGAGACAACGUGGAGAAGUACAAGAACUGUCAGCCGCUGUCGGCCUCCAACAACAGCAGCAAGCCAGUGGACCCUCUCAUCAACCUCGACAGUAAUUCACCAGAUUUCAAGGCAGGAGUGAUGGCUCUGGCCAACAUCCUCAAGAUUCAACGACACGAUGACUAUUUAGUGAUGCUCAAGGCCAUAAGAAUUCUGAUCCAGGAGCGACUUUCUCCAGAGGCCAUCUCUAAAGCCAGCCAAGCCAAAGAGGGUCUUCCAGUCGCUUUAGACAAACAUCUUUUGGGUUUCGAUACUGGAGACGCGACUCUGAACGAGGCGGCUCAGAUCUUGCGGCUGCUGCACAUCGAGGAGCUGCGGGAGCUGCAGACCAGGAUCAACGAGGCCAUCGUGGCCGUCCAGGCCGUCGUGGCCGACCCCAAGACAGACCACAGGCUGGGCAAGGUGGGCAGAUGAGAGCGCCACGCCAGAGGAGCUCAGGAGAGGAGAAAGGACUGUGCUGUCUGAGAUUUCAUUUGAUUUGGAGAAGAAAAGCCUUGUUUUUCCUCUUGGUUUGAUGAAGAAAGAAAAAAAAGUCUUGUUUUCCGUUGUUGCAUGUGUGUUCAAAUAGGGAAACACAUCAGAGCAAGCCCCAUUUUGACCACAGGCUAGUCCAGUUCACACAGAGGCCAACCUUACUGUAAGAUCUGCAGAUUAGACCUGGACAUUUUACUGUAGUAUUGUGAAGAUACUGAAAUCAGUUUCAUUUCAUAUAAAAUGUGAAAUCAUUUCUUUUUCUCAACGUU